UUCCGUUGGCCAUGGUGCAGCUCCGGCCGCGCUCGUCGCGUAUUCCCGCGCCAGCAGAGGCGAUGGUGGACGAGGACCAGGCGGCCUCGGAGGAGGAGGAGGCAGAGCACGGCUUGCUGCUCGCGCAGCCCAGCAGCGGCGCGGCCGCCGAGCCACUGGAUGAGGAGGAGGACGGGGACGACGAAGCCCCGGAGGAGCUGACUUUCGCUAGCGCCCAGGCGGAAGCUAGGGAGGAGGAGCUGCGCGUGCGCGAGAGUGCUCGCAGGGAUAAAACGCUGCUGAAGGAGAAGAGGAAGCGGCGCGAGGAACUGUUCAUUGAGCAGAAGAAAAGAAAGCUGCUUCCAGAUGCUGUUUUAGAGCAGCUAACUACAGCUUCAGAGGCUGACAUAAAGAAAUCACCAGGAAAUGUAAAAGUUAAUUUGAAAAAGAAAAGUGAACAGCAUGCAAAAGGAGGAAGCUCGAAGAAAGUUAAAAUACAGAAAGUGCAGUCUGUCGGUCAGACUAAAAGCUACUUGGCUGUAAGGCUUAAAGAUGAAGAUCUGAGAGACUCAAGGCAAGAAGCAGCCAGACACUUCAUCCACAACUGUUUAUACGGUUCAGAAUCCAAGAGGACGACUGUAAACAAGUUCCUGUCUCUGAACAAUAAGAGGUUACCAGUGAAAAAGGCUGCGGCCCAGUUUCUCAAUAGCACCUGGGGUACUCAGAAACAACAAAAUGCCAAGAGGUUUAAAAAACGGUGGAUGGCCAAAAAGAUGAAAAAGAGAACUUAUAAGUGAAUCAAAGUAAAGUUAAAUGAAGAACCUGUGUUUUAACACAGCAAAGUAACUGGCUUCCAGUUUUCUAGUUUGUUUCUGCCAUCUGUCCACCACUUCUGCAACACAAGCAACAGGGGAAUUUAAAGCAACUCUGAAGGAAUGGGCUAAUACUGACGAAGAAGGAAGAAAGAUAAAAAAUCCAAAUGCUUUUAUCACAUGUGACCACUGAUGUAAAUUUGACACUAAUGAAUAAGGCCUGCCUUAUUUUUAAACAAAUGUGGGAAUUGGGGAGAUCUUAUUGAAUACUAUCUCAAGUUUUAGUAGUAGAAAAAUAAAGCCAAGAUGGAUCUUGUA